AUAUAAACUUGGUUCCCUCUUCCCUAUCCUAAGGUCAUUCAACCAUGGCUUUGCUCACAGAUCUCAUCAACCUCAACCUCUCCGACUACACUGAGAAGCUCAUCGCUGAGUACAUAUGGGUAGGCGGUUCUGGCACUGACCUGAGGAGCAAAGCAAGGACACUGCCAGGCCCUGUGACUGAUCCCAGCCAACUUCCCAAGUGGAACUACGAUGGCUCAAGCACAGGCCAAGCUCCUGGAAAGGACAGUGAAGUGAUUCUCUGUCCCCAGGCGAUCUUCAAGGAUCCUUUCAGGAAGGGCAACAACAUCCUAGUAAUGUGCGAUUGCUACACGCCACAAGGUGAGCCAAUCCCGACAAACAAAAGAUACAACGCUGCCAAGAUAUUCAGCAACUCCAUUGUUGAAGCAGAAGAAACUUGGUUCGGGAUAGAGCAAGAGUACACUCUCCUUCAGAAGGAUGUGAACUGGCCUCUUGGAUGGCCAAUUGGUGGAUUUCCUGGUCCUCAGGGUCCUUAUUACUGCGCCGCUGGUGCUGAUAAGGCUUUCGGGAGGGACGUAGUUGAUGCUCACUACAAAGCAUGCCUUUAUGCAGGCGUCAAGAUCAGUGGCAUCAACGGGGAGGUCAUGCCUGGUCAGUGGGAGUUUCAGGUAGGUCCUUGCGCUGCCAUCUCUGCCGGUGAUCAUCUGUGGAUUGCUCGGUACAUGCUCGAGCGCAUUACAGAAAUAGCUGGAGUGGUGCUUUCUCUCGAUCCAAAGCCAAUUCCGGGCGAUUGGAAUGGCGCUGGUGCUCACACAAACUACAGCACCAAGUCCAUGAGGUCUGAUGGAGGGUAUGAAGUCAUCAAGGAAGCAAUUCAUAAACUUGGGCUGAGGCACAAAGACCACAUAUCUGCCUAUGGACAAGGCAACGAGCGCCGCCUCACCGGCCGACAUGAAACUGCUGAUAUCGACACCUUCGUUUGGGGAGUUGCUAACCGGGGAGCAUCCAUUCGAGUCGGUCGCGACACCGAAAAGUCUGGCAAAGGGUACUUUGAGGAUCGAAGGCCAGCUUCCAACAUGGAUCCAUAUGUUGUCACUUCCAUGAUCGCAGAGACUACCCUCCUUUGGCAACCAAAUUAACUUGGAUAUGCAUCGUCUUUCCACUGGAUCGAAUUGCCUGUGUGUUCGCAGGUGUUCACUUCCGUCUCGUGUUCAUUUUCCUUCUCGUAUGUUUGCUGCCUAUAUGUUACUGAACUGUUUCACUUUAAUUUCUUGUUGAAAAUAAUAAUGAUAAUAUUAUGAUCUUGCAACUCCUGUAUGGCAUGUGGCCUGGCAGACAUUGUUCCUUGCUACAGAGCAAUACGUCUGAAGUUAUCUUUGGGAUCACAUUCACUGUAAUAUAGAAGAGAUUUAAACCUAAUCAGAAUGGCAUUCCCCACA